UACCCCAAGAAGGAUCGAUUGCCUGAUGUCAAUUCUCCUCAAGUGAAAAAAUGGAUUUCUGAAAUCGAUUGGUCCAAGGUCCCUAAAAUACCGAUUGCAAAGGCUAAUAUCCCCAAUUGCCCGGAUUGCCCAAAGAACAAGAGCAAGAUCCCUAAGGGUGCUUGUUGGUGGACCUGUGAUGGAUGUGUUGCAGAUGAUGAUAUCGAAAUUUGCCCUCGACAGAAUGCUUGGGGUUUGACCUAUGAUGAUGGUCCCAGUGAGGAGACGCCGCGGCUGCUUGAGAAACUCAAGAGGUCUAACGUCACCAGUACCUUUUUUGUGGUCGGGAGCCGGAUCCUAGAAUACCCAGAAACCUUGAAGCGGCAGAUCAAGGAAGGUCAUCACAUUGGAAUCCAUACGUGGUCUCAUGCGGGUAUGACCUCGCUGACAAACGAGCAGAUUGUGGCUGAGAUCAAAUGGGCCGAGCAGAUUGUGUUUGAUGUAACUGGACUUAAAACAAAGUACUGGCGACCACCCUAUGGUGAUGUGGACAACCGUGUCCGCGAGAUCGCCCGCCAACUGGGCUAUAAAACAGUGAUUUGGACCAAAGAAUGGGAUUCAAACGACUGGCAAAUCCCUGACAAAACCAUCACUAACAAAGAAGUCUAUAGGAAUUUCAAAUGGGCACUAUCAACUGUUCCAAGUCUCAAGGGAGGAAUUAUCACCCUUGAACAUGAUCUGUUCACUCAAGAGGUUAAUGUUGCA